AACAGCAGUCAGUCACAUGUUAUCCUCCCGUCUCGAAAUCCGGAUUAUAUCUCCCCUGUCCGACGUUGUGACAUCUUUUAUUACCAUGCUCAACUCUACUUGAUAUCCCAGCACUUUUUGGUUUUGUCCCCUAGACAGUUGAUUUGAACUUUCCUAAUGAUGCUGAGCAAAAGCGGAAUGGUGGCAAAGAUCCACACCAGGAUAAGAUCGGAUCCAUUCGCGGCCAAUUACGAGCUGGCGGGUAAAGAACUGGGCCGGGGAAAGUUUGCGGUGGUGAAGAAGUGCACGGAGAAGGCGACGGGCAAGCAGUACGCCGCCAAGUUCCUACGCAAGCGGCGGAAGGGCCAGGAUAGCCGGGUGGACAUCCUCAACGAGAUCGCCAUGCUGGAGCUGGCCAAAUGCAACCCGUAUGUGGUGGCCCUGCACGAGGUCUACGAGACGGCCACCGAGAUCGUCCUGGUGCUGGAAUGUGCUGCCGGCGGUGAGAUUUUCGACCAGUGCGUCGCCGACAACGACGAUGCCUUCACGGAGAAAGAUGUGAUCCGGUUGGCCAGGCAGAUCCUAAUGGGGGUGGCCUUCCUGCAUCGGAACAAUGUGGUGCAUCUGGAUCUGAAGCCACAGAACAUCUUGCUGACCAGCGCCAGGCCCCUGGGCGACAUCCGGAUCGUGGACUUUGGCCUGUCCAGACGCGUAGACAGCAUCAGUGAGGUCCGGGAGAUUCUGGGUACUCCGGAGUAUGUGGCACCAGAGAUUCUCAACUAUGAACCCAUCAGCACUGCUACAGACAUGUGGAGCAUCGGGGUUCUAACCUACGUCAUGUUGACUGGUGAGUCGCCCUUCCUGGGUGACGACAAGCAGGAGACGUUCCUCAACAUCUCCCAGGUCAGCGUGGAGUACUCUCACGACACCUUCCAGGACAUCUCGCCGCCAGCUGUCGACUUCAUCAAGUCCCUGUUGGUGAAAAACCCCAGGAAGAGAGCCACAGCGGAGGACUGCCUCAGCCACCCUUGGCUGAACGCCCACCCCCUCGUGCACCACCAUCUCCACGCCACGCGGUCCUCGUCGUCUCUGGACGAACCCGACACUAGCCAAUCCGAGUCGGAGCCAGAGAGCCCGGCACCGUCCCCGGAACUGGGCCUGAUGGGCUCGUACCUGGCAUGCCCGUGCCAGGGUGAGCUGAAGACCGGCUGCGGCUCUUUCUCCUUCGCCGAGCCGCCUUUCGCCCCUCGACCCGAAAUACAGCAGGAGCUCAUUUGCUGAAUGGUCACUGGGGAGGACGGAUGGACAGACAGACAGACUCCCGCUUUAGAGAUGCCAGUGUGGUUUCACUCGGGGAAACGACGAAGAUGAAGACUGGUUCCUCGUUUUAAACCGAAUUAGCCUUCCAAACUGGAUUGGUCGCAAGGGGUGACCGAAACUGGACUUCUCAUCCUUCAAGGAUGAGUUCUUGGUGAAGGAGGGGAAAAAAAGUUUGGGCGCUUUACAGUGAGUUGGCACAAAAGAAGUUAAUUUUUAUAUUGUUUAUUUAUGUUACAUUUGCCUCUACCGUCAGGCCGAGUCAGCAUUCUCACUUUUCCAAUACAAUCUUGAGCACUUUUUUUUUUUUUUUUAAAUAAAAAAGAUACAUUUUGUUAAGAACUUAUCACACAUUCGCACAGACGUAGCCUACUGUACAUAUGGAAAAAGUGCCACAUUGGUGUAUUCACAUUAAUUGUUCUCUUGGGCGUUUGCACAAGUUUUUGCACUUUUUUUUUUUUUUUUUUGUAUAUAACAAUUUGUACUUAACCAAGAAUGCCGCAAGUUUUUGAAAAUAACUCGUGGAGGCUGAAUUAGUUCGAUUGGUAACUGAUGAAGUCCUACAAUACAAGACGCUCGGGAGCAAUGCGUCGCAAUGUUGUUGAUGUUGCGACCAAUAAACUGAAAUCUUUUUCUUGCUGGCCUGUGUA